AUGGACCCAGCAACACUAUCUACAUGCACCACCCUCGGGUGCCUGGACGAUAUCAUGCCCGACAUCGAUCUUCCCAUGAUCCUCUCGUUUGCAUGCCCAACUACACACUACGCUAUAACCGAACAGAACCUCCGCCGUUCUUUCACGGAGCUAUUGGGAAAAAGCCCCUGGUUGAGGGGAUACAUUCACAGUAACGUCACUGGACUAGAUGAGCAUUAUAGGAAGGGAACAAAAUUGUUCAGCCAUAUCCCUGAUCUUUCAUCUAACGUCAAGAAUAAGGAAGAUGCGGAGAGAAUCGAAUUUCAAGAUCUCUCCUCGCACACAACAUACAAGGGCAAAACCUAUCCAGAGCUCGUGGCAGAGAACAUGCCCGCCUCAUACCUUUCACCCGAGCUCCUAGUUCCCAAUCGAGCGACAAAAGAUGCAAACGUGAAGUAUGCCCUGCAAGCGAAGGUAUCUUUCAUCAGAGAAGGAGUCUUCAUCGUGUUGAGCACGAGCCAUGCGCUUAUGGACGCUACCUCUCUGGCUGCGAUAUUCGGUGCAUGGGCUGCUCUCUCGAGGGGAGAAGAACCUACACCAUUGUCGCACUCUCCCGUCUUGGGGCCCGAGUUGGAUUUCAGGGGACGAAGCGGGAAACAAACGAUGGCCACGGAGGAAUCGAACUCUUCCGAUUGCCGAGGGGAGAAGAGCUGUAUGCAGGCGACGUAUGAAGCCCUGAAAGUUCAAAAACACUUAUGGCAUAUGAUGGGCCUUGAUUACCGGCCGAAGGAAAUGAGUAGCGCGGUGUUGGCCCAGCGGGUUCCGAGUCGGUCAACAGUGACGAAGAUUUUCAAGAUUACAGCAGCGGCGCUAGCCCGGUUGAAGGUAGAUUGCUCCAUACCGAAUGGGAGCGAAGAUCAUGGCCAAGAAAGAGGGUGGAUUUCAACCAAUGAUGCGCUUUCAGCACUUCUCUGGAGAUGCAUUGUCCGCGCGAGAAUCGCCGCUACUCCGGACCUGCGAACUCGCACGAGCAGCGUGAUGUGCGCUAUGGAUAUGCGGAACUCCCCUGUUUUGGCCCCCAGGGCUACUCAAACGGCAGACGAGGCCGGCAUGGCAAGGGCAAAACUUGCAAACAUUGUGUUGUACAGCAUCGAGAGAGCGCUAGUUCCCGAGCUCGUGGAGUCGAGUUCGCUGUCAGACACUGCACGUGGCAUCCGCACUGCCAUGCAGAAAUACACCGAAUCAUCGCACGUUAGCAGGGCUUUACAACUUGCAGCAGCCAUCCCGGAUGUUUCAGCACUCGGGCUUGUGUACCCCACGUGGCUAGAGCAUGAUGUGGUUAUCAGCUCCCUAGCACGUCUCCCAUUGUACAACACACCGUGGGGAGACACAUUUGGAGACGAAGGAAACGGUGUACCGGAUAUUGUUCGCUGGCCUGAACGCGUUUUUGAGGGUGUGACUUUUGUAAUGCCUCGCAGAAGGGACGGUAGUGUUGAGAUAGUGCUUACUAUGGGAACAGCGGACAUGAAGGAGAUGGAUCGGGAUAAAGAGUGGAGCAGUUAUGCUGAGAACGUAGCUUAG